UAACACUUGUUCGUCACGUCAGGCAGUUGUGUUGGGAACGUCGUUGUUUUAAAAGGCUAAGAAGCUUUUUCCGGCCAGGAAUUUUGUUGCUGGCUAACACAGCCAUGAGUACAAAUGGAGCUGCCGAUAGAUACUCCAAUCAUACUCUUGAAAAGGUGGCGAGAACCAAGGCAACGAUUGAAAGUUUCUACGCAAACUUGAUCACUCAACACCAAGAGAGACAGAACAGGUCUGAUCGCAAAACAUCUCCUUGGUGUAAAUUAGUGUUUUUUGGUGUCCCAACUUCGUCGAGUUUAGUACAUUCAUAGCAGAAAUACUUCCCAUGGCCAGAAGUUUGCUGUGUAAAAACAGAUUCACGAAAUUUGUGGCCUUGAAGUAAUUAUUGGUUUUCUUGUUUUAGAUGGAAAGUCUUGGAAAUGAAUAUGGAACAACAAGGGUUGACAGAAGAAGAGGUGAGUUGGUAGGGUAUUUCCAGUAAUAUGUUUUAAGUUUUGACACAUUCGGAGCAUUUAGUAGCUUUCGUUGCAGUGCUUCAAGUUUUGUCUACUUUACGAAUUAAUGAAUGGCGAUGACUUGCUAUCGAAACUUCACAACGUACAGGAAACCCGAGUUGAAUUAGAUUAGCUAGUAGUUGUUGCUGACAUGAAAUCAAAUUGUUACUUUUAGAAAGAGAAGCCGAGUAUUACUAUUCUGUAAAUUAAAAUUGCAACGAAUGGCGAGUAUUUUCGUUUGGAAAAUAAUCGAAGAUAUCCGAACGUUUACGAGGGUUCGUUUAAAAUGUUGCAUUGUAUCUAAGGUUUUUUGCCCCGAAUAUUUACUUAAGGCUGACAUGUGUUUUGACUUUAUCCAAUUUUGAGCUGUUUAAUUUUCGACCUUGAUAGUACAACAGCAGUUUAAAAGACAUUUAGGAUAUUAGAGGAUUUUAACCGCAAACAAACUUGAGAAAGCUCGUGUCGUAAUAUCGUCAGCUUAGCGGAAAAUUAAUUCGCAAAGUUUUUGCAUACAUAUCAGACCGAGUCAUGUAAAUUUUCCCUAACGAUUGAAAGACACAGCAUGAAGGCCAAGCUGCGAAAUAAAACAGAUUUUCUCUGGUUUGAAAAACAAGGUUUGGACGUGAUUAUAUUUCGUCAAAAAAAUCACCAUCAACAGUACGAAUACUAUAAUUAAUUUCGCCAUCAAUAAUUAUUGAAGUGUCAUCGACUUGAACGUGACGACAUAAACUUUUACAUCGUCGAUUGAUGAACUGUAUGUUGCCUUUGGUUUUGCUUUUGACGUAUAUCAUUUUUUUUAUGUUGUACAUUUAGUAUCUCUGUAUAUAAGUUUUCUCAAGGGAGAAAGGAUUUGGACUAGUUAUGAGAAGGUUAGGAAAUGAUUUUUCUGUGGAAUAGCCUCUUGUCUAAAACACCUGUGUAGAUUUUGCCCCUCAAGUGACAAGUAGCCUUAUUUGUUUCCCGAAACAAAAAGAAACAAAAAUAAGAGAAACAAAUGAGCAUUUUAGUUAUCUCCCACUGUUAUGGUUUCAGACCACCAAUAUAACCUAUGUUUCAUUGUUUUGCACCAGCAAUAUAGCCGAGGUGAUGUCAUAUUCGAAGCAUUACUUGUCUUUGCAAGGGUUCACACACCUAUACUCUUAACCCUUUACACCCCAACGUUAAUAUUCAUAUUCUCUGCACUGUUCUCUUUCUAUUUCCUAUGGUAAUGGCAAGGAGAAUUUGUUUGACGAUCAGGAGCUUCUCAAAUUGGUGAUCAUUUCCUUAAUUCUUGUGACCUUUAUAUUUGAUUCAAGGGUGAAACUAUAAGGAGAAACUACAUGCCAGUCACUCUUAGGAAAUAAAGUGUUAAAGGAAUCACUGUCUGUUGGUGUAACCCUAUUUAUUUACUUCAGGGUUAGAUAAGUAGCAGAAAGUAAAAAAGUCAGUUUCCUGUGGCACAGCUCUAUUUUUUUCAAUAGGCCUUGAGAAUGUUUACAUUGGAAUAGCUAAUUUUAUCCCUAAGGUAUGAUUUCAUGGUGUGGACUGAUGAAUUUUAAUAGGAAAAUACUGAGAUCAAAGAUCACCCACAUUUAAACUAGAAAGUGGCAAAGAUUAAUGAAAAACUUUGUGCAUAGAGGCCUGGGGGGAAUUUUCGACAAGUGAGGUCACUGUGCAUAUUAGAGCUAUCAACAUUUCACAGCAAAUAAACAAGAGACCUUUUAAAUAAUAAAGUUUUUCAGGGGAUAAGAGUCUUUAAGCAGUUGUGGAUAAGCAGCUUGUUAAGAGGGAGUUGUAGCUCUCAGGUGUCUGUACUUAAAGGAAGUAAGGCUCGAUGAUGAGCCACUGAUCAAGAAAAGAGCCCGAUUACAUACACCUCCCCAGAAGAGUUACAUGUACAGGUAGGGUGGGAGAGUAACCCCGGUCCCAGGGUUGUUUCUAUGUUUUGUUAAUGAAUUUCACAUUUCCCCUUACAUGUCCAAGGUUGUUAUGAGGAAGUAUUGUAGCCACUCUGUUAUAAAGAAAUAUGGCAGCAUGAGAACAGGGAAAACUAACUGGAGCAAACUCAAUAUGCCUUUAAAAAUGAAUAAUAGCCUAGGCCAUCAAAAUUUAACUUUAGGAUUCUGUUUAGUUGGUGAGAGAAUUUUCUGCCCACUGAUGCUAAAUUAACACCCUGGUUGCAAGAUAACAGUAAAGUUUUCCUUGGAAGGGGAAAAAGAUCAAGAAGUGAAUGGUCUGUUGGUCUGUUGGUCUGUUGGUCUGUUCCUAAGCUGCAUUAAUAAACAGAUCAAGAUGAGAUAGAACUUACAGAACAAGUCAGCCCUGUUAUGUAUAAGUGCUACAUCACAGAAAAAAAUCAGCUGUAUUAAGUACAGGUGCUACAGAAGCAAAGAGAGGAGAUAUACUCUAACCUUUUUAUUACCAAAAUCUCAUGAGUAUUUGUCCUUACUGUCUGCCAUAUAAUUUUAAUGAUGUUAGUUUGGAGAAUUGGGUAUUGGAUCAACCAAUAAUCCCCUAGUUGUUAUUUGUUUUUUAUUCUCAUUACUGGCCUGCAUGAUAUUGUAUAAUUUAACAUGAUUGUAUUAAAAGGAGAAAUUCUAUUUUGGUCACUCAUGGGAGUUAUAAAAGGUUAACCAAGCUAUCUUUAAGCUAUAGGAGAUAUGGUAACCCUUCUAGGCAUUGUAAGGGUUACUGUUUAUCCUUGUAAGAAGAAUCUACAAAAAGGUAAACAGAGAGGGUAUUUUUCUUAGUUCUCAUUGAAGCUUUCAAACUUAAUGAAACAGAGGUAUUGGUAUUUUGACCUAGAGGAAUCUUUGGGGAAUUAUUCCUUGGAUUUUAUUCAUUUUCCUUUUAGAAAAAAGAAUCAAGAAGCCAUCUUGCAAAGAAGGAAACAGAGUUUUUGAGACUGAAAAGAUCAAGAAUUGGGAAAGAAGAUUUUGAUUCCUUAAAGGUGGUUGGACGUGGUGCUUUUGGCGAGGUGAGAAUAUACAUUAGUCUACUAUUGCCUUAAAAUUUUGAAGCCAUCACCUCCGCAAUCUUGUAACAUGGAUAUGAACUUGUAACCAUAGUAUAAAUUUUUUAUUUUUUUUUUUGUGUCUGGUCUCAAACUGUUGCUUAAAUGUUACUCAGCAAAACCUAGUUUUCACUUGUGUGGUAACUUGGAGAUGUAGUCAGUAAAACCAAAAAAAUGAUUUUUAUUGACAAGAUUAAAAAAUUUGAUGUUUCAACCUCUCAAAGGUCAUUUUCAAGUUCUAGUAAAAUCUUAAAAAUAUUGAAAAAAACAGCCAAAAAAUUAAUAUGAUAGUUUUUAAAAAACUGAUUAGAAUGUAAAAAGUAUUAAGAUGUGUAAAAUUGUAUAAUUACAAACAACAUUUGAAUUUAAAAGAAUAGUCUAGAAAUAAUAGUCUAAAAAUAAUAACUUUUUUGUAAACAUGCUAUUCCUAUGUUGUAUCUAAUUUUUAUGAUUUUUUAUACUGUUAAACCAGUACUAGAACUUGAAUAUGACCUGGUUCCUUUUUAUCACUAAUUUGUAUUACAAAAUCUAUAUCAAAUAAACCUCAAUUUAAGAUCUACCAGAUAGUACUAAAUUUGAAUGGUUCACUGAGGUGUCUUUUUCCCUUUGUUAUUCACAAUGUAAAAGUAUUCAAACUAGCUCAAUUUUAUUCCCCUUUGUUUCAGGGUGAUUCAUAUGCUAACAAACAAAAAACACAGAAAGAUAAGAAUUAUUCAAAACUUCAAUCAAAAACAUAGUUUUUCACUUAUUUUAAAAAAAUGGAUGGUAGCUUAGAAAUCAAAUCUCACUUGGGGUUUUUUUCAUCUGGCAACAAUUAUCACCAUGUAAUCUACACAAAGUGGUUUUAAAAUUUACUCUGAAAAACAUCAUGAUUGUGAUGUAAAAAUAUGUUCAUUCAUGCAGAUAUGUGGUAAUGUGUGCAUAUGUCUGAGAAAAAUGAUGAUCAUGUAUUUUGUAUUUGACUGUUUAAAACUGUUGGAAUCAUGUAUUCUUGGUAGGUACGUUUAGUACAAAAGCAUGACACAGGCCAUGUAUAUGCAAUGAAGAUCUUGAGAAAAGAAGACAUGCUCGAAAAGGAACAGGUAAAUUACAAAGUAAAACCUAAUCUUAUUAUCUUCAAUGUCUGGAAAAAAGUUGAGUAGUAUAAAUAACCCCACUGUUUUUUUUGUUUGUUUGUUUGUUUUUUUUGUUUUGUUAUUGUCAGAUGAGCUCUGGUAAAUCUGUGAUAUAAACAAAAUCCUCAUGUUAAUAGAUACCUUUUCCAAACCUGAUAAGGUUUGUAUUGUGUAUUUUAAUGAAGGUUGCUCAUAGGAAAAGAUAUGUGAAGUCUGCACUUGUGUUUUUUGUUAGUCAGGAAAGAGCACUCAUCUGGUAAUUCUGUGAUAUCACCCAAACUCCUCUAAAAUACCUUUCCAAACUUGAUCUGUUUUACGCCAUGUGUUUUAAUGUAGGUUGCUCAUGCCCGUGCAGAGAGAGACAUUCUUGCUGAGGCAGAAAAUCCUUGGGUUGUGAAGAUGUUCUACUCGUUCCAGGAUGGACAUUAUCUGUAUUUAGUGAUGGAGUUUCUUCCAGGUGGUAAGCACAUGACCUUUGUCUACAAGAGAGUUGGUCUCCCAUUGCUCAGACCUUGUAGAUUAUUUUGAUAAAGUUUAUUUUCCUUGGCUUUGGUGAGGUUUGAAAAUCAUAUACAUGUACUGGCAAACAGCUGCCUUCCAGAAGCCAUACUUGGGCUGUAGAACAUGGUUGUGCUUGAACUAGUUACUUUUCUCACCUUUAAGAUGAUUUUUCUUGUAGGUGAUCUUAUGACGAUGCUCAUGAAAAAAGACACUUUUACUGAAGAUGAGACACGAUUCUACAUAGCAGAAUCAGUUCUUGCAAUAAAUUCCAUUCACCAAGUUGGAUUUAUUCAUAGGUUAGGAGCACUAGACUUGAUAUUAAAACUUUGUUAAUAGUGUUUUUUAUUGUUGCUUGGUUUUUAUACUUGUUGUACCUAUAAGGGUAGAAUUAUUGUGAAUUCAUUGAAUUAGAUGUUAUUUAAAUCUGCAGAUGUCUGACUAAUGCACUGAUUAUUAUGACAGUUAACUGAUUUAAUAUUUUUUUUCACAAACACCAUUUUGUUCUUUACAGGGAUAUUAAACCUGACAAUUUGCUGUUAGAUAGUAAAGUAUGUACAUCUUUCAGUUACUUUUUCAAACUAAGACUUAAAUUUUUUUGUUCCUUCAAAUGAACAUUCAAAUGACCUUUUCUAAAGAAUCCAACCAUUAGAUUGUAGACAAAAAGAACUAUACUGCAUUUUCUUUAAAGCUUUCAGAUCUGAAACCAGCUUUAAACAACCCUGUUCUGGUAGACUGUCAACUUGUCAAAGGAGAGAAGAAAUGUGGGCAGCUAAUUUUCUAAGUGUGAGGCAAAGAAUUAAAUUGAAUUAUACUUUUAUUUUCAUAGGGACACAUCAAAUUAGCAGAUUUUGGUCUUUGUACUGGUCUCAAGAAAGCACACAGAACAGAAUUUUACAGAGAAAUUUUACCAAGUGAUAUGAAAGAUUUCUGUAAGUAAAAAGUGCCAUUUAAGGUAUUUAAGAGUGUGGCAAUCUGAAUGGAUUUAUUUGAAAGAAAAGUAAAAAGUUCACAGUUUAUGAAUCAUCCAGAAAAGGGUAAGGAAGUUGUUAUCCCCAAAGAAAUUGCAUAAUGAAUGGUUCUGGUCAACCAGGGAGAUUUCAGAAAUUUUCAACAGUUACUGUUAGUAGUAAUUACAUAAUGUUAUGAGUUACUUGUUGCUGGAAAGUCUAUGUAGUAAAAACAUGUGACUGAGGUGCUGAAAAUGCUGAAUUUAAUCUAAUUUUCCUUCUACAACUUUCCUUCUUUCUUCUCCCUGUGUUUCUCUGAAAUCAUUUCAAAUUUACAGUUGUGAGUUUUCCCACACACAUAACACUUAGCGAAUGUGGUAAACCGAAACUGAAAAUGAAGUUACAUGCUGUACAUCCUUCCUUUAGCAUCAGCUGAACCAUUAGAUACAAAAGGCAGAGCAGCAACAUGGAAGAAAAACAGGAGGCAACUGGUACGUUCUUAACUGGAAAUAAAUUGUUUCUUAGAACAAGAAGGUUGACAAGUUGAUGAUAUUGAUAAAUAAAUGAGCUUUAAAAUUCAAGCUGAGGUGUCCAUCAAAAUCUUUUAUACAAUGAAGUUUAAUGGCUUUAACCAAGAAGUUAAACAUCUGACUGUGUGAUCAUCUGAUUGAGGGUAGCCAUGAAAAGGGCUGUCAUUGGUGAUUGGGACAAGUUUAUUGACAACCAGAGAGGCAAGCAUAACCAGAAUUUAUCCGUUGACUGCUUAUUAAUCCUGCUUAGGUUGUCAAAAUGUCUGUCAUGGUACCAUCUGUCACUGACAUUGUCAAAUGUAAUAUUGUUCACUCAAGGUGGGGUAAAGAAUGACUUUUUACUUAUCGAAGAAUCCUGUGAUUCACUUGUGGAUCACACAAAUGUUAAAGUGGUUCUGGAGCCAAAUUCUGUUGGGAAUUAUCAUCAGUGAAAUGCUUCUGUUUAGGUUUCGAAUUGUUGGUAAAUUUCAGUCACAAUCCCUUUUGGAACUUACCUCUCUCAGACAAUCAUACCACAUAAUCAAAUGCCAUUAGACAUAAAGAAGGCACCUCAAAGUUUUACUAGUAGCAAUAAUAAAUUAGUUUCGUCCUGAUUUAUAAUGAAUAUUUACUAUCAAUGAUAUCUUUUGAAAAUUGUCAGAUUUUUGAUAGUAAUGCAGCUAUUUUAAACAUCAUUAUUUUAUUAAAGACAUUGUUAUUUUUAUCUAACUUUGAACAAUUCAAUUUGCAAGUUAAACUUGGAUAAAUGAUCAGUUUUACUUGCUGCAAGUGCAUUCAUGGAUUGAUCAUAAGUUUAGAAAGCUCAUAAAAUGUUAAAAAAUUCAAUUAACAGGCAUAUUCUACAGUGGGAACCCCAGAUUACAUUGCCCCAGAAGUGUUUCAUCAGACAGGUUAUAAUAAAAGCUGUGACUGGUGGUCAUUAGGAGUGAUCAUGUAUGAAAUGCUAAUAGGUAUGGUAUGAGAAAUAUAGAAAAUUUUUAAUAAUUUGUAGUUUUUGUAUGACUCAGCUUGUUAAUAUGUAAAUAGAGUUGGGAUGCAUCAAAAAAACUAAGAAGUGAGCAAAGCAAACUAGUUAGUUUUUUCAUGCAUUGCAAUAAGUGAAUAAAUUUAUCAUUCAAGCACUUUCCAAGGUAUGAUGUUUUUAUUUCAUUCAUACUAAGGGUUUUUUUUCUUACUGACCAACACAUCUUAAAGACUGGACGCCAUUUUUUGCCCUCCACUGUGAAGCACUAUUGUUCAUGUCUCUAUUUAUAAAAUAAGUAUGAAUGUGUUAAAUAAAUUAUGAUAUUUCAUAUUUCCAACCCAGCAUGUCAACACUCUCCCUCCAACCUUAUCUUUCAUUCCUCACUCCUUAUCUUCCAACCUUUGUCUUUUCCCCCACUCCUCUGACAUCAUAAUUGUUAUUUUGAUCCUGUGGCUGGUAAAUUAUGUUUGCAUCGAGUUCUUUCAUACCGUUUCAACUGGAAGCCAGGCCACCACACCUCAUAACCAAAACAAAAUAUUGAUUUAUUUUGUUGUUGUUAUGUUUAAUUUUUUUUGUAUUUGUUUCAUGAUGUUAUUUCAGGCUAUCCACCAUUUUGCUCAGAAAGUCCACAAGGUGAGCAUUAAAUUAUUUUCUUGUUGUUGUGACCUCACCUAACUCUGUGCUUGGGUAUUUAUUGAAUGUCUUAAGACUGACAGUAUUGUACCACCCUGCUUUAAUGAACCUGAUUUAUUUGCAGCCGUUAUUUACAAGAGUAUAGCCCAUAAGGUGUGUAAAAUAGAAUACCAUGAAAUUUGUUUGGAGUGGGUCCUGUUUUGGUGAAAACACUGUGUUAACCCUUUCACUCCCAUAAGUGACCAAGACAGAAUUUCUCCUUACAAUGUCCAUACAAUAUCAAGCAGGCAGAUGAUGAGAAUAGAGAAGAAUAUCAAUCAUGGGAUUAUUAGUUGAUCCAAUAACAAAUUCUCUGCACUAACAUCAUAAGAAUUGUAUGGCAGAUAGUAAGGAGAAUUACUAAUUAGAUCUUGGGAGUGAAAGGGUUAAGCUGACAUCAGCCUAAAUGCCACAUUUAUUACAAUUAGAAACUUGCAAUCAGUAGAUACAUGGAUUAGUGGACAUAGCUGCAUGGUUGUCACUCUAGCUGUGAUUUUCUGUGAUUUUAGAAACAUACAAAAAGGUUAUGAACUGGAAAGAAACGCUGAUCUUUCCACCUGAGAUGCCCAUUUCAGAUAAUGCAAGAGGUUUAAUUGAAAGGUAUGUAUUUUGAUGUUUUUACAAUACUUUAAAGUCAGUGUUGAAGGUAAUCCAGAGCUGGAUUCAUUUGUUUUUGCUUUACAAUGCUCUGUGAUUGGUUUAUAAAACUUGCAGCUCUUUCUCAGCCAAUUGGAAAAAGACCUUUUCAUUCUCCAGGUCAAAGUAUCAAUUCUCUGUACUGUCUACUGAACAUUGCUCAUCAUUUUCACUGUAAUAAUUUUUGUAUUGAAAUUUGAACAAUAUUCCCCCAGUGAAUAUUUUCUCUUUCCUCACCACCUUUCUUGUACUGUAAGGAGAAAUCACUAUUUUGUCACUCUUGGGAGUGAAAGGGAUAAAUUCAAUUAUUACUCAGCCACUUGCAUUUUCUUGAGCUUAAGUCAGUUAAAUUGUAGUUAUGUGGAGUUUUAUGUGCUCCUUGGGAUACUUUUGUUCUUACCAUUUGGCCACUUCAAUUAGUAUCCAUUUCUUUUGAGUCUAAAUUCAAUUCAAGUGAGGAGGCUCCAAGAUAUUGUUUGAUAUCAACCUAUUGUAAGUUUGUAACUGUAGAAAGCCUGUUGGCUUUACUGAAUAAUUGUCAGCCAGAGAUCCAGCCAGCUUUUUUAUCAGGCAAAUUUGCGCUUUGUAACAACUCUGUUAGAGUUAUUUAUUUGAUAUGACAGAUAUCAUUUGCUUUUUUUGGUAAAUUGGAAAAGAAUAGUUGUGCCAAUGAUAAUUGUCUGAGGCCAAUGAGUUGUUAUUUUUUUAUUGAAUGAGAAUAUCACUUUAAUUUAGAUUAUGAUUUUGGUUGUGUUGCUGUUCAUAAUUUUUUGUAUUUAAACUAUUCUAAACCAUUCUACAAAUUCUCUUUGUAUGCUUGCCUUUUCAGAUGGUGCUGUGAUCCAGAUAAAAGGCUCAGUAAUAUAGAUGAAAUAAAAGCUCACCCAUUUUUUUGUGAUGUAGAUUGGCAAAAUAUCAGGUAACUUAUUUCAUUUUUGUACUAUGAUGUAUUUUAUUUCAAUUUCUCUGAGAUUUUAACUAUCACAUGGAUUGCUGAAAAGACCAAAAAUACUCCUCCUUCAUUUUAAAAUAUUGAAAUUUUUAUCACUAGUAUGUGUAAAUUGACGUUUAAAUUUUCUUGGUUUAGAAUGUACAAAUUUUGUUUGAUUUUCAUUUUAUAGUGGUUCAGGUCAAAAAAAUCAAGCUGUGUUAUAAAUCUUAAAACAUGAAGAAAAUUUGAACAACAUAAUGUAAUUUAUAAUGAACCGGUGGUAGUAGAGGAACAGAACAAAGCUCAGGAUCUUCAACUGCAACAUAAAAAUACAUUUAUUCAAAUACAAAUCAAUUAGAGGAAGUGGUAAUUGACUGACCACACCUUGAGGGAACAUCUGUGUUACAAGGAAAGCCUUGAAAUGGAUUCCCCUCUGCAAACAGAACAGGGAAUGCCCAAAAAACACUUGUGGGUGAUGUUUAGGCUGAGACGAAGAAUCAGGGCCGUACACCACACUCAAAAGGCUAGCCUAGGACAGGAGGAGGUGAAGGAGGGAGAUCAUUGUUGGCCUAUGCUCCAGGAGGAGAUUACUGCUAUGUUAGAAGAUUGCAAGAUACUGGCUGUUUAUGUCUACAGCACCAAAGUGCUAGCUCUAUUAUACCAUUUUAUCUAUACUGGCUACCCAUUAAAAUUGAUUAUGAGUUCAUUGAUAAUAGAAUGAAUUUUCCUAUCUACAGGGAUAGACCUGCGGCCAUUCCAAUACAUGUGAAAUCCAUUGAUGACACAUCUAAUUUUGAUGAAUUCCCGGAAUCAGAACUGGAUUCAAGUACUGAAAUGUUUUUAUUUUUGAAUCUACAGUAGUUACAUUAAUUUAAAAAAAUAAUAAUAUUAAAUUAUUUGAACUAACAUCAUAAGAAUUUUAUGAUUGACAGUAAGGAGAAUUACAAAUUUGAUCUGGGAGCUAAAGGGUUAAGGUGUUCCUCAGGGAAAAAAAGUUAUCAAACAGUUUUUUUUAAACAAACUUUCCUUAAAUGUUCCCUACCAUUUACCAAUGUUGGUUUCAAAAAAUACAACAAAAAGGAUAGGUCACCAUGCUCAUUUAAUACAAAUGAUGGGCUGAACUUACCCCAUUCAUGCCUGUACUUGCAUUGCGUACUGAUCAUUUUAUUGGUUUCCAGUUGGUGGAGGUCAGGGUGUUAAAAGGAACACUUGAAAAAGAGUUAAUAAGCAGAAAGUCCUAAGGGAAUGGAACAGUUUGAUUAAUAAUUUGUGGGAAAAUCAGGCAAUUUUAAGUAUGGAGACUUACAUCCAUUCAGUAAUAAGCGAGGAAUUUAGACUAAACUGAUCUUUGUAGUGUUAAUUGUGCAUUUGGCAGCCUACUUUGGGUUCACACAAUUUACAUGUAGGACUAUGUACUCUGUAUGCAACUAAAAUCUCUAUCAGUUUGACACAGGAAAUGAAAUGCAAAAUGCUUUAUUCCUUUUCAGACUGGUUCAGAGACACAAAGUCAGAUGCGGCAGGUAGUAAAGACUGGGUUUUCCUAAACUACACAUUCAAGAGAUUCGAAGGACUCACUCAACGAGGUGUUAAGGUUCCACUGCUAUGAACAGCAUCUUGUAAAACAUAUUUUCCUGCAUACAUGAUCUUUUUUAUCUAUCUAGGUGUAAAUCUUAAGAUGAUACUAAUGAAGAACAUUUGUCAGCAGAUUUUUUAACUUCAUAUGUUUGCACAAGACAUGAGGGCUUAAUGAGAAUUACAAGAGUUCAUUUAGAUGCCAGGAAAGAAAAUGCAAUUCUUCAUUCUUGUAGAUUACAUCUGUAAUUGUCAUUAAUUUACAUAUUUCUUACACAUCCAUGCGACAGUCAACCAACACAAAUGCUGGUUGCAAUUCAUAAGUGCAUUGCUGACUGCAGUUUGGCCUCAUUAAUGUUAAUGUUGUGAAAAUUGCAGCUUGAAUAUUUUAAAAUUCCUCAAGUGCAGCUACUCUGCAGCUAUCUCUGAUAGUAAUGUUCUUUCUCUUUUAAAUCUGGAAAAUUUGGUGGAUAAUUUAUGACUUAUGUUGCUUGUGGUUUACUACUGGUGAAGUCUACAGUUUUUUGCUUGUUUUUUCAGUUGAACAUCUUUAAAUAUGUAGUACCAUGCUCUCUCUCCCUUUGUGGUAUGACUUUGUACACUGAUUACUCAGAACAUAUCAGAAAAUCCUGGUUAAAUCUCUCCCCCUUCACUCCUCAGUUCUGCUGGAGUGUAGACAGUAGUACAAUUAUUCUUCUGUUAGUCAGUAAUUAGAUGCUAAUAUGCCUCAUUUGUGAAUGCUGUUAUAUUUAUUUUUUUAGACCCUGCCCUCUCCUUAAGAGAUAUGCAAUAAGUCUUCCCCCCUCCCAACCUCAAUCCCUCAAAUGUUGUGUCAGCAGAGGGCUCUUAACCAGGAUAUUGUGGUAGAUGAUUUGCCUUUGGGCAGCUUUUCAUUACAAUUCUUAUCUGUGGUUAUAAAUAUUGUAACCUUCAUAAAAGGCUGAAGAGGUUGUAAUCUUUUAUGAAUAUCAAUAGCUAUCUUUUGAUAUUGUCUAGUGGUUAACUGAAACAAGAUUUCAUAAAUAUUUGAUGCCGCGCUUAAGAGCUAAUAAAAGAAAACAUGCUAGAAGCUAUUUUUGUUAGUCCGAAUUUGACCAUUUCCAAAGUACUGUUUUCAAGGUUUAAAUUACAGCAUGUUUCAUAUUCAAUUGGGGUAAAAUAAUUUAAUGAAAAAAUAGUCAUUAAUUAAAACUAAAUUGGCAGUAAGUAGAGUUAUAUAAUAAUUCAAGGUAAUAAAAACAUCAGCCACUUCCAUGUACAUUAGGGUAAAAUAAGUUUAAAACCCAAAUCUUUACAUAUGUCAUGGUCUUUUAGAUUUGAUGGCACAAAAUUUUUGUACAGGCAUGAAUCAUUGUUCCAACUAUGGAAUAUGGUUUUUCGAUGUUAAAUCAGCUGGACAGUUAAGUGAUAGUGGAAACUUUGUUAGAAAAUAAUUGUGCAUUUCAAUUGCAAUAUUUGUACAGAAGGUCAAUAAGCAAUUCACUUGCAUCUUCAACAAUGCAACUGUAGUGUAAAUAGAAAUAAUAGAAAAACAGGCUCACAAAGAACAUUUCAGUGGAACACAUGACUUCAGAAUGAAGCUGAUUGGGUUCCUAGGUGUCAUUUAGUAAUCAUUCCAUUUUGAUACUCAAGUACAUGUAUUCAACUUAGCAGUGUUGUAGCCAAACUUUGUAAUUCCUGGGUCCAGUUGUGUAAAGGCUGGAUAACACUAUCCAAUGGAUAAGUGUUAACAAAAUGUACUGUGCUAUACACCAGAUGGAGAUUUAUCCAGUGGAUAACAUUGUCCAUGUUUCACACAAUUGGGGCCAGGUGUAUGGUUAGAGUUUCCAAGAAAAGCCAGUUACCAGCAGUCUACCACUGCCUCAAGACCUCUAACUGGCGUUUGUUCAUCCUGUGAGCAAACUUUAGUGUUUGAGUUUUGCUUUACAUAACAGCUGUCUAUUGCACCAUCAACAGCAGCUUAUUAAUAAAGGUACUGAAACCCCAUGUAAAGUGACAACUAAGUUCUUUCAAUAUCAUGGGGUGAGUGGAGUUGUGAUUUAUGACAAGUUAUGACAAGUUUAACAAUACUCUUAGUACGAAAACCAUACAUGUACACAAGAAAUAAUUUAAUUUGUGGAUUAAAACUAUCAGUUGUAACAGUAUUAAAAGAUGUAAUGCAAUAAUGUCUGUCAAUUUUGUUAAUAAUUAACAUAUCUUAAAUCUAGCCAGA